GGCGAAGACGGAGCAGCUCCGCUCCAUAAUGCUUCGCGAAGCCUUCGAACAGGAGCAGAACCGCGUAGGCCUCUCGCUCGGCCAGGCCGAGGCCUACGUGCACGACCAGGCCAUGGAGACAGAGGCAACUCGGAGAGUCGAGGCGGAGGAGAUGCAAGUCUCUCGCCAGCAUGUGGCGACGCUGAACCAGAUCCACGCGGCAAAGGCCGAUGCCUGUAGGCCCUGUAGGCUUAGCAGGUCGGGGCCAGGAUUAGGUACAGUAGACAUGCAGCAUAAAGAUAGGCUUCGGGCUUCGGGGUGUGGAAGGGUGUGGAAGGUCUUUCGCCGGCCGAGAGCCGCCGAGCCCCUGCAACAGCCAACACGGGACCACGACCGGAAGCAAAGAUUCCUGGCCCCUGAGGCUUAG